GAAAAUUUUCUUUGCCAGUACAGAUUUUUUUUUUAAUUUUUUCUGGACAAGACCUUACGGUCCAAUAUAAGUGAUUUGCGUAUCUAAAAAACCAGACACAAUAUCAAAAAGCAUAGGAUGCCAGCCCACUCUGUAAAUAACGCAGAGAAUUAAAAUGGCAUACCCACCUAAAAAUUAACAAAAGAAAAAAAUCUUAAAAACAAUGAGAAAGUUUAAUUAAAAAAAAAAUUAGAAAAACCCAAAAAAAAGAGGUUGGCGUGUAUUUGUAUAAAUUAUUAUGGCACCACUGAGCAAUUGGAUCUUCUACUCAGUGGAGCUUUUGUCCACCAACCAACCCAUAUAGAUAGUCUUAAAUAGCUCCAUACAAAAUAGAAUCUCUCACUCCACACUCUAUCUCCUUAAGAAAAUUUCACUUGGAAACAAGAUUUUGUUUGUAAAGACCCUUUUUUCCCUUCCUUUUAGAAAAAAGAGUAUUUUUUUUUUCUUUUGAGAGAGAAGAUGUUUGCAGCUGAGAAUGGUUUACGGGGUGACCCAAGAUUGAAGGCCAUUUCUGAUUCCAUUAGUGUUGUGCCCAAUUUUCCUAAACCAGGGAUUAUGUUUCAAGACAUCACGACCCUUGUCUCAAAUCACAAAGCCUUCAAGCAUACUGUAGAUAUCUUUGUCGAUAGAUACAAGGACAUGGGUAUCUCUGUUGUUGCUGGAGUUGAAGCCAGAGGUUUCAUAUUUGCUCCUCCUAUUGCAUUAGCUAUUGGUGCCAAAUUCAUCCCUCUGCGUAAGCCUGGGAAGCUUCCAGGUGAAGUUAUUUCUGAAUCAUACGAGCUCGAGUAUGGUCAUGAUUGUUUGCAAAUGCAUGUGGGAGCUCUUGUAAAAGGAGAACGAGCAUUGGUUAUUGAUGAUUUGGUGGCUACGGGUGGGACUUUGUCUGCCGCAAUUAAGCUUUUGGCCACAUCGAUUCACCCAUCAACACAUUCGAUUUCCUCUUCAAUAGUCGCCACGUCGACGACCAAGGCCUUAUUGGUGAAGGCCUCCGCUUCUCCUUCCUCAUCGGCAAUCGUUCUUCCUGACGGGAACGCCUUCGGUGAUAUCCUGUCAAUCGCUAGUGCUGAGAUCCGCAUUUGUCCUCAUCGACCCAUCUUUCAGCAGAAGUUGGGCUAA